CCGGGAAACUCGGUUAGCAGAUACUCAAUCCCUAAUUAUUCCCGUCAAUUCAAUCCCCGUGGUUGAGUCUUUUUGUUAACCGCAGAUGACGCCACCACCAAUCACCACACCACCGUCAACCGCCACCACCCAAAUCCACCACUCCAUCCGCCCAUGGCUCACCGACUUCCUCUCCUUAUCCUCCCUAUCUCUCCCACUCUCCUUCCCGGAGCUCUCUCUCCGCAUCCAGAGAAACCUCUACACUUACCGCACCAACUACCUCUUCAUCUCCUUCCUCAUCUUCCUCCUAACCCUAAUUCCUCAUCCAAUCACCUUUAUCCUCUUCAUCGCCAUCAUUAUCGCAUGGAUCUACCUAAUUUUUUACACGAACGAGCCUCUGUUUGUUCUCGAUUUUGAAAUCGGACACCGAUUGAUUGUGAUUUUGCUGUCUGUGGUUACUGUUGGUGCCCUAGCUGUGACGAGUGUCUGGUGGAACGUGUUUCUGUCGGUGUUGAUUUCUGCACUUGUGGUUUUGGCGCAUGCGAGUUUGAGGACUCCGGAUGACGUGGAGGAGUCGCCGUACGGAGCGUUGUUGUCGGUUGUUGAUGAUGAUGUUGAUGCUGGACCUUAUACGUUGGUGUGAUGAGCAGUAGCACAUCAGGCGUUCUGCAGUUUCAGUCAUGGUGAGACAAAACGAUUGUGGGAAGUGGGGCCGAGCAAUAGUGUGAGACUAGAGCAAUGGAGAAUUGCGGGAUUACAGCAAAUUUGUUUUUUGCUCCAUUUUUUUGUUAACACGCUACCAACAAGAUUUUGCUUGUUGCUCUCGGCUUUUGUUUUCAAUAGAUUGAUUGAUAUUUGCAAUUGAUUGGGAAACCUUUGAUUGUCCAUAGCAUUGCUGAUUGCUCUAUAAGAUCUCAUUGAUUGCCAAAAGCUAA